AUGAAGGAUUGGGCGUUAAAGCUUGAUGAUGCUUUGUGGGCAUAUAAGUGGCUUUUAAAACUCCGAUUGGCUAUUAAGAAGCUGAAUUUCGAUCUCCAAAUAGUUGGGAAGCACAAAUUGCUGCAACUUAAUGAGAUGGAGGAGUUCCAGAAUCAAGCAUAUGAGAAUUCUAAGAUUUAUAAGGAAUGCACGGUAAAAUGGCAUGAUAAUCGGAUUGUACCUAGAGCUUUUCUACCUGGAAAACUUAAGUCUCGAUGGUUCGGACCGUUCGUAAUCAAGGAUGUUACUCCUUAUGGUGCAGUGGAGCUACAUGGUAAGGAUGGAACAAAAUUCAAGGAAAAUUUGGAAAAUCUUGAAAAUUUUGAAAACGAGUUGAUUUUGGUUAGGAAGAAUGCUGAGACUGAUUGA